AUGUACACCCGCAGUAGGGUGCUGGGCUCCGGGCUCGGCGCGCCCCCUGCCUCCCGCCCGGUCCAGGACCCCCAGAAGCGGCGGGAGGAGCUGGACCCGCUGCAAGGCCAGCGGCAGGGUUUGGAGGCGGCCUCCGAGGGCCUUUCGCGGGACAGCGCCCAGCACGUGGGCCUCAGGCGCAUAGGUGCCUACGCCGUGAUAACACCAAAUGAAAACCGGAGAAAUCAGACACGAAGAAUUGCAGAGCAAGAGCUGGCAAACCUGGAGAAGUGGAAGGAGCAGAACAGAGCUAAACCAAUUCAUCUGGUGCCACGGCGGCUAGGUGGAAGCCAGUCAGAAACUGAAGUCAGGGAGAAACAACAGCUUCAACUGAUACAAUCUAAAUACCAGCAAAAGCUAAAAAGAGAAGCAUCUAUAAGAAUCAAGAAAGAAGCUGAAGAAGCAGAACUCCAAAAAAUGAAGGCAAUUCAGAGAGAGAAGAGCAAUAAGUUGGAGGAGAAAAGACGACUUCAAGAAAACCUCAGAAGAGAAGCAUUUAGAGAGCAUCACCAAUACAAACCUGGUGAGUUUUUUAGCAGACUGAGCCCUGAGCUGCCAAACAGAAGUUCCUAUCAGAUUGCUGCUCGUGACUCCAGAUCCUCAACAUGGAAACUUCCUGUCCUGCCUAGGGAUCACAGUUGGGCCAGAAGCUGGGUUUAUAAGGAUUCUGUAAAAGAGGAAGAAAACCAAAAACUGCAAAAAAUGAAGGAGGAACAACGUCAGAAGGGUGAAUUGCUGGCAUUUAAGCAGCAGCAGCAAGAGGAAGAAAGAGCCAAAAUCUACCAAGCUGAGCACAGGAGGGUAAAUAAUGCUUUUCUGGACCGACUCCAAGGCAAAAGUCAACCAGGUGGCCCUGAGCAGUCUGGAGGCUAUUGGAAUAUGAAUAGUGGUAACAGCUGGGGUAUUUGAGAAAGAUUUACUUU